UAUUUUCUUUUGUAAGUCAAAACAGGGAAAAAAAUAAGUAGGUUUUGGAAUAUUUACGAUAAAGCUUAACUGUUUGCAUCAAUUUAUCUAUAUAUGUUUCUUUUUAAAAGGGGUCAAAAAAGUGGGUGGACCUAGGUAGCUAAUUAGACAGUGUUUUAGUGUUAUGCAGAUGAAAUUAACUUUUCUGAUGAUGAAAAAUGAAGGGGGUCGAUAAUUCACCAGCUAAUCGUGAAGGGAUGACAAACAAACCAAUAAUAACAUGUGCUGGAGAUUGGAACUUAUUCUGUACUCUCGAAGCGCCAUUAGUGGCUGCGAUUCCUCAAGAUUCGUGUGAAUGGCGAAGGUCUUACGGUCGAAUCACUAAGUUUGUUUAUUUAGAAGCAUCCUUUGUAAAAUUUAAUAAGGACAAAAAUCAAUCUGAGUUAAAUCUUCUGAAGCGACCAAUAUUCCACGUUUAUUGGACAGACUGUGUGGACAUAGAGUAUUAUAAAACAACACUCCGAGAAGACAUAGAAGGAUGGCUCAAAUAUUUAGAGAAAAACAAUAUAACAGACUGGAUGAUAGUUUUAGUAGAGACUUACGAUAUAAGAAAAACAAACAAAUUAUUGCCAAGGACUACUGUAUUAGAUAAAAUAAAGGGUGAUUUUUCAGUUAAACAAACUGAGGAUAGAUUUAUUUCAGUUAUUAAUCCAAUAAAGUCUGAAGCAAGAAGUGCUGAGUCAUGGAGAGCAUUGGUAGCAAAAGUGAGGCAUUUUGUUCUUGUAGCAUAUAAUAAGGCACUCAUUAAGUUUGAGGAGCACAUGAGAGAACAGAGAGAGAAAAGAAAUGAUCCAGAAUGGGAUUUUUGUAAAUACUUUAUUUUACAAGAGCAAUUAGCAUUUGUACUUGAAAUGCUCUGUCUCUAUGAAGAAGCUUUAGUGCAAUAUGAUGAAUUGGAUGCAUUAUUUUCGCAAUUUGUACUCAAUUCUAAUGUAGCCGAGAGUCCAAAAUGGCUCGACACAUUUAAGCAACAAGUGACAUCCUGGCAAGCAGUAAGACUGACAGCAUUAGUACCACAGAAUUUAAGGGAAUUAAUUAUUAAGAAAAAGGCAUCUCUAUUAGACUUUAGAAGUUAUUUAUUCCAACGACAAAGUGCCAUGUUACUACUUACAUUUAAGCCAUGGGAGAUCGCGUCCCGUUGUCUAACAACAGUCCACAACACGCUGGUGGAGCUGUCCCUGCUGGGCGCGCAGGCGGUGGAGGGCGCGGCUGCGUGCUGGGCGCACUUGGCCUGCGUGGAGACGCUGCGUGCGUGCGAGCGAUUGUCCUCCACCAACACAGCGCUGGAGGCUUGCACCGCUAUGCAUGCGCCCUUGCUGCAUAACGCUAAGGAUAAGCUGCACGAGCUCGGUAAACUCUGUGGCUUAUUGCCGGGUUCGUCAGACCCAACGUCCGAGCAACUGCAUUUGGUGGUGAUGUUGUCCGCUGGCAUGGGAGACAGCGAGCCCAACAACCAGCAGAGUCCGACAGAUAGAUUGAAGGAGGCAUUGUGCAGUAAGAAUAGCUUCCAUCAGUACUACUUAGAGUUGGCCGAGCUCGCAAUGGGAACAUACAAGCAUAUUGGAAGGUUAAGGUUCGCGCGGCACAUCGGGCGCGACCUGGCGGCGUUCUACUCGGAGCUGGGCGAGUCGGGCAAGGCCGUGGUGUUCCUGACGGACGCGCUGCGCUCGUACGAGGAGCAGGGCUGGCGGGACCUGGCCGCGCACACGCGCCUCGAGCUCGUGGCCGCCGCGCUCCACAUGCGGGACGUCGACAGGUACACUAAGCUCUCUGCUAGAAUAGCUAGUACAGCCGAAUUGGAGAUUCUAGUCAGGAAUUUUUAUUUCGAAGAAAUGAUGAAAUCGCUCAGAGAUAAUCUCGCGGACAAAAAGGAAACAGUACUGACCGAGCUCAAUGACUGCUUUCAAAUAGUCUCCGCAACGUUACUGCCGUCCGAACGUGAUGUUUACAUCACGGAUAAUAAAAUACAAUGCCGUUUCGUGGUCGAGAGUUAUAUGCCCAAAGAUGUAAAUUGUACACGGGCGGCUAUCAGCGUAGAAGUAUAUCAAGACAAACAGACGGAAAAGAGGACGCCCGUGAAGAAUAAUAAGACUGAUUUAAGUGUUAGUGUAGGUUCACAGUCCAACUCCCCGCGGAGAUCGACGCCGGAUGAUACUUCUGAGAAUGAAUCGAAUAAUUUAAUUACUAGUAUAAGACUAGAUGAUUUAAAACCUAAAAAUCCGUUAUUAAAUCCAAUGAAUAUAACGUCUAAGCUACAUUAUAAAGAGGAUAAAACCCUCCAAAAAGCGACGGUAGAAUGUCAAAACCCUAAAGUCACUCUGAAGCGAUCUGACAGCAGCAAAUAUAGAAAACCAUCCGCUACGGUGAGAAAUAAUUACAAAACGUGCUUCUCUGCCGACGAUAUUAUAAUAAAACCAGGGUUAAAUGAUAUAACCGUUGAAUAUAUAGCCAAACAGUGCGGUAAAUUCAAAUUGGGACAAAUUUCGUUGGUCGUAGAAGGUAAAUUGGAGUUUUUGUCUAAUGCUCUGGUGUCUAGUAAAAUGGGAUAUGAGGUGGAAACCCAAGGAGUCAGUGUGUAUUUGAAUAAAGUGGAAGCGAAGAAGGAUUUGGUAGCGGGAUUGGAACAGGAGAUGGAGCUGGUGGUGAACAGUGGGAGUUCGAAGAUUGAGGAGAAUGCGAAAAUCGAAUUGCGAACUUCGACUGGCCUUCAUAUGCGUUUCGUGGACGACCAAUCAGCGAUGACCCGUGAACUGUCUAUUCCUAUUGACGCGAUUGGACCGUUCCAAACGACUAAAAUACAGCUGCGCCUCUUUGCGAUCUUACAACCAAAGAGGGAGAAAAAUAUUGAACAUACAGUGUGGCUGACCUGUCCAUGGUGGGAGUCAGCUACAGAGGUGCCGCUGCACUUCGUGCCGCCCAUGUCUGCGUCCUGGCGUCUGCUGACUUCCAACACCAGGAAGCUGGUGCACAUCACGCUGAAGUCCACAGUUGCUCAUCCGCUGCAAUUCCUACUCACCGACCCCAGCUUGGACUGUGAUGCCAAUACCAAUGUGUCCGAUUUGAACCCGAAAAACGCUGGGGAUCUGGUUGUUGCUUCAGAUGGUACAACUGCAUCAUUCAUGUGGGAGUUGCUCAAGGACCCGCUUGUGAAAGCUGGGCCGAUGAAAGCCACAUUUUCAGUGAACUAUCGCCUGAAAUCGGCCAAAGAAGAAACUUCUAGAAGAUUCUCUUGUCCGUUUGACAUUCAGGAUUACACAACGCUGUUCGUUAUUAGGACGAAAUUGGAGCCGGGGAAAGGUUCGGACUUUUGCAGGGCGUCGCAAGUUUGCUGUUUGCAGUUGAAUGUACAAAGGGUAAAUGAAACGGAACACACCUCCUUGAUGUAUGAAGUGCUAGCUGAUCAAACUAUGUGGGCGGUACUCGGGCGUACUGCAGGCGUGAUAACGAUGGAAUCCAACUCCACGGAGGGUCAGUGCGUGUCGCUGGACGUGAUGCCGCUGGGCGCCGGCUACCUGCCGCUGCCCGCCGUCAGGCUGUCCAAGUACAUCGCCGCCAACACACGAGAUCCAAAGAAAGAUAUAUCAGCUCACCCAAGAUUAGAACCCUUUAGUCCAGGACAAGUAUACCACGCGGGCAAGGCCAAGCAGAUCCACGUGCUGCCGCCAGCUCCUAAAGAACACGUGGAUAUUACCGUUUGAAUUGUCGAAUGUAUGUACAUUGUAUUUCCAAUGUUAAUAGAAAUACUUGUAAUUCUGUAAAAGGGCAUGGUGCUAGAGCUUUGUCUCCGCAAA